GAUUGCAUAAGUCGUGUAACGAAACACGUUUACGGGAGGAUGAGGAUGUUGUCAUCUGUCAGAUUUGGCCUUCAAUUGCUGGGGUUUCAUGCGAUUUCGAAGAGUUUUUUCCUGUUUCUUGCAAUGUUUGAGUGAAACUCGAAUUUAAAGUCGAUGGUGUGACAUCUGGAUGAUAGUGCGUGAGCUAAAAUGACAUCGAGGAGCAAGAAUGCAGUGCGGAGUUACGAAACAGAGAUCGAGAAGAGCCGUGAGGAGUCGAAUUGGAAGAAGGCGGUGGAAUUAGCUCAGCAGCUGAAGUCCAGGUCGCCGCAGCAUGAAAGCCUCGCACACUUCCUCAUCGGAGAAGGCAAGCUUGAAGCCUACCUGGAUGAAUGGCCCCCAAACAAGGAGAACAUCGAACGAGCCCAGCGGGAGCUCUCCGAGGCCCGGGGCUACCUGACACUGGCUACCGACGAGGCGGGCCGGAAGGCCGGAGUGGCCUUGGAUGCUUACCUGCUGCUUGGGAAGCUGAACUUUGCCUGCGGGGCGUACGAUGAGUCGCUGAAGAAUUAUAAGAUGGCGGAGCUGAAUACGUUAACAGAGAAGGAGCUGCCUAUUCGGAGUUUAAGAAUAGUAGCCGAGUCUUACGCCAUCAAAGGCUUAUGUCUCGAACAAACAGCGCUACCGGGUAGCAGUCGAUAUAAGCAGGCCGAGCGAGAAAGCGAGAUGAUUCGGAGUUUCGAGCUGGCAUCAGAACUGACACUUCUAUACCUCCAACGAGGUACAACGAACGUCAGUGCGGGCGCGACGCUCGAGACAGCACUACAGCGCGUCCCACUCUUACACAUACGGGCUCAACGUUUACACAGCGCCGUUGACAGGUAUCGAGUGAUGCUAACGGCGGUGGAAGCGGCAUCGACGCAGGCGCUGCGGCUAGCGCUCGCCAGGCAGCUCGCCGAGCUACUCAUGCGAGGCUUGGCUGGACAGGUGAGCGCGCCCGAGCCUGCGCCGGCGCCGAGCGGCGCGGGCGGCGCGGGGGGCACGCUGCGGCGGCGGGAGGACUACGCCAGCGACGGCCCGUGGAAGCCCAGGAGAUACGCCUCCAUUAAUCAGUUCGUCCCCCGAAACGAGUACGAGGAGAUAAUCCUCCUCCUCCUAGUAGGCGAGGCGAUGGCGGUCCGCGACGCAGUGUUAUCACAGAGUGCAGAGUUUGAAGCCGCGAGGCAACACGCCUUAGCCAACGCUGUGGCUGUUGCUGAUCUACUGGCACUUGCUGUGACGAGAUGGGGGCAGUUGUGUCUAGUUUUAGAGUCCCUGGAGCGAGCGAUGAAGUUUUCGUUCGGCAGCGCGCAUGUGUGGAGACAGCGGGCGUUGGCGACGGCGGCCGCGUCGCCCACGCCGCCCGUCCAGCUGUGUCACGCACCACAACACAUUUCUCCAGGCAGCACAGCAUGGACGGCCGGCGUGCGAGCGCACGCGGUCAUGAAGCGAGCAGCGCCUCUCGCCCCACAAGACGCAGCCCUACGACUGCUCGGAGCAGACACGUGCUAUAGGAGCGGAUGGAUAGAAGACGGGAUAGAGUUAGCGGAGCAAGCGCUAGCAAUAGAGGAAGAGCGAAACGGACCCAUGUUGGCAAGAUGCUGUCUCUACUGCGGCAUCGGGUAUCAAAUGUUAGCACAGAAAACAAAUUCUCGCGUGGAUAAGGACGCAGCGAACGAGAAAUGCCUCAAACUGUUGUUACGAUCGGUAACUUUGGACGACAACGACCAUUUGGCGUUCUACCAUUUAGCCGUGGCGUAUAUGCAACAAGGAAGGCUAAAUGAUGCUAUGGACGCGACCCGCGCGUGCCUGGCCGCGCACUCGGAGAGCGGCGGGGGGUUGCGGCUGGCCACGGCGCUGUGGUCGUGCGCGGCGGCCGGGCCGCGCGGCGCGCGCGCGCUGGCCGCCGCAAGGUUGGCGCGCGCGCGCUACCCCGGCGCGCUGUGGCCUCUGUGGGCGCUGUGCGCGCUGCAACUAGUCUGGGAGAGUGGAGAGGCAGCGUUGGCAACCGGUAAGGAGUUGCUCACACUGCUGAACAGCGCGGAAGCGGAGGCGGAAGCGGAAUCGGAGGAGCGGAACGGAUACGCAGAGUUGGACGCUCUGUCGGACUCGGGGCAGACGGACUUGCAUAGCACCACGCAUGCGCCGUCUGUACGAGCAGAAUCCGCUGGCGCUUAUCGAGUGGAGCGAGCCUUAUCAGAGGGCGCGUCCUCAGUGUCGGCGGCGCGGACCAAAACGCGACCGCCUCUGGCCACGCACCGCGCGCAAGCGUGGCUGCUCCUGGCUGACUUGUGUCUCAGGCUGGGCCGAGUGGCGGCGGCGGCGGGCUGCGUGGCCGAGGCCGCGGCGCUAGCGCCCGCCAGCCACGAAGUAUUAUACACGCGCGGCUUGGUUCACGAAGCGAGCCAAGAGUGGGAGGAGGCGAGGCAGUGCUUCCAAAACGCGCUAGCGUUGCAUCCCACUCACCUCGACAGUAUUGUGCAUUUAGGCGCAGCAUACUACAACCUGGGCUGGCUGCGGCUCGCCGAGAAGACGCUCCGCGAGGCCGCCGCCCUGGACCCGCAGCGCGCCGACACGUGGCGGCGGCUGGCGCUGGUGCUGGCCGCGCUGCGCGACCACGCCGCCGCCGCCGACACCGCCGCCGCCGCGCUCGCGCUGCACCCCCUGGCACACCUCCCGCUUUGA